AUGACUAUCAUGUGGAAUCCAGACCAUGACACUCGUCUUCUCAUUGCAAUCUGGGAGACGGCAGACCGCAAGUUCGCAUGGCGAGAGGUAGCUCAACGGAUGGGCGGCACAUGUACCUCAGAUGCAAUCAAGCAACAUCUGCGUGCUAUCAAGAAGCGCCGCGACGAUAAGUUGGAGGGGGAAGAGGCGGCCAAAGAAAAGGCCAAGGUCAAGGUCACGCCGACUCGACUCAAGUUGAAUCCGCCCAAAACUCCAACAACCAAGAAAUUGGACGAGAGACUUUCUCCAGGUUCCUGGCAUGAUUAUCCCUACCCUGGUGCUACGGUCAGAAGGGGUCCGAGCGACCGAAUGUCAUCUACCAAGACCCAAGCAGUGGCGGCUGCCAGACUUUCCUCGUCCCCUGUAAAGCGCUACAGCUACCGGGCUCGAGGGACUCCUUCACGUGGUCUUUCUCGUGUCAAUGUUCAAAGCCCACACAGCCCAUACGCGAACCCUCGUUAUUCGUUCAUUGACUGUGACGAGGACCAUGAGUACGCCGACAACAAGGAAGGUGGCAGUGAUUCCGAGGACGACACCUUCUAA